CAAUAGCAGGUCGUCAUGGCAACCAGAAUGUCAUGGCAACCUUGUGACGCUCAAGAGCAGGAACCUCCUGCUCCAAGUAGAAACUCGGCGGAAAGUAAUGCACACAAACGGACUGAAGCCGAGAAACAUCUGGGAACCUUCACUGACACUUUUCUGAACAGCAGCUUCUCGAUGCAUUUAACAAGGCCAAAGUCCUCCAAAGGGCGAAGCAGACCGGCCGUAAACAGCAGCAGCUCCCUGUAUGCAGGUGAAGUAGGUAGUGUCCAGAGACCGCCCAGUUCUCCUGCGUGCAGCGGGCCGGACAGAAACCUCCGAUCCCGGUCUCAGCCUACAAUGUGGCCGCCUAGCCAGCUGAGCCAGGACCAGGUCUUUCACAUGCUGCAACACGCUCCUGCAGCUCCGCCACAGUCCCUGAACAAGUACAAGGUCCUUCCAUCCAUAGAGAGGAGGCGUUCAGAGGUGAGUCCAGGGACGACCCUGGAUAAAAACAUGUCCAGGCUCAGUCUGUCGGAUGAUGCUGUGACCCAGACCUGCAGAUCCGAAGGGGACCUCCGAGCCUGGCCAAAGUGCCCCGACGCAGCGCCAAAAGCAGCCGAAGAGGCCAGAGGCAGGGGCAGUCUGCUGCUGGCUGUCAGAGCACCAUGUGGUAGAAGGUUUCAGCAGCACUUUGACCCCAUAGACACUCUGCACACGGUGAGGAGCAGCGCAGAGGUCAGGUAUGGAGACAGGUACGCAGAGGCUUUCAUAGAGACCAUGGAUGUGCCCCGCAGAACCUUCACAGACCUGGACAUGACUCUGGCACAGUGUGGCAUCGUGAACAGAUCAGUGCUGUGCAUCUCUCAGAAUAAUGACAGCGAGGUGGAACAUGAGUGAGCUGUGUGGUGGUAUUUAACACCCCGUUCAUUCACAAAUACUAUCUGACUUUCAAUGUGCGUAAUGGUGUAUGUGCAGUUUUAUAUGCGGUUUUUAUAUUAUUCUGCUGUACCACGUUUCCGUUAAAUCAGUUAAAAACAUGAAUGUAUAAGCCAAACAUGAUCCAAAUCUGCUGCUUACACAAGUACAACAUAAGUUUAAUCCUCCAGUGCAUAAACACAAAGGAUCUACGUUACUCUGUAGUUUAAGACUAUUUCAGAUAGAUUUUGUUAAAAUGGAGUUAUGAACCUCUCAAGUGUUGGGUUACUAAAUAUAUAUUUGGACACUGUUCACACAAUAAAAUCACUGCAUUGUGUGAACAAUUAAUUUUUAUACACUACCGUUCAAAAGUUUGUGGUCACUUACAAAUGUUAAUUUUGAAAGAAAAACUUUUUUUUUCAAUGACAAUAACAUUAAAUGAUUCAGAAAUACAGUCAAGGCAUUGUUAAUGUGGUAAAUGACUACUCUAGCAGGAAACAGCUGAUUUUUACCGGACUAUCUCCAUAGGGGUACAGAGGCCCAUCUCACUAACCAUCUCUCCUGUGUUCUAAUGCUACAUCAUGUUAGCUAAUGGUGCUGAAAGGUGAAUGAUUGGAAAACCCUUGUACAAUUAUACUAGCAGUUAAAAGCGUGAAUUUUUAUGGAAAACAUGAAAUAGCCCUGCUGAGUCAAAUUUUUUGGAACGGUAGCAUAUGUAUUAUAGAACUUGGGAUGCUCCAUAAGGAUGUUUUCUGAGGAAAAAAAUAUUUGACUUAAAUUUUUAAAAAAAACAACCAAAAGUUCAUUCAUUCGACACUGAAUUAAUUCAGUGACUAAAUCAAACAAAAACUCAAGGCAAUCCUGUAUGCUUUUAAAUAAUUACAGCCACAUUAUCACACUCCGUUUGCUACACCACACAAGUUUUACCAAAUGGUGAGGAAAAAAAGCAAAAUAAACUCUUGGAUUUGCUGAAUUAACAGCGGAAUGAUCACAAUAUGCUUUCACUAUAAAAGUGAGAAAUCAGAGUCUUGUUUUUCCUGGCACUAUUUUCUUUGUGGUUUAUAACUGCCAAAUAAAAUAGUUUCUCACGA